AUGAACCACCAUCUGCCCGCCAUGCAGCAUGGGCAGCCUCUGCCUCCCCAGCGCCGCCAGCAGGACUUUCCAUAUAACAACGUUCCCCCGAACAUGCGCUCUUCGCCAUACAUGGGGUACCACCCACACAUGAAUGGCCACAUGCCCCAGUCCUUCGCGCCGCAACCAUACCCUCAAUGGUAUCCGCCAUAUGGACAUAUCCAGCAGAUGCCGCAACGUCCAUACCAGCCGCAUCCUUAUAACCCAAUGAUCGUAUCCUCAUACCCUCAUUCGCAACCUGUUAUGGCGCCCACUCAUCUCCCCCCUCAUUCGAUGUCGAUGCAACAAAGAAUCCCGACUCCUUUACAAUCGACAAUGUCUCCAUCCAUCCCGAUUCCGUCACUUCAGCCCGAGAUGCAUGAACAUCCUGCUGUGCUACCCCAGCCAGUUCCAGUCUACCCUGUGGCUUCCCCGUCGCCGCGAUGGGAGCCGAAGUCAAGCAUUCCCCGUAAGCCUGACUUCGCCGCACCUCUUCCUUGGCUGUCCGUCCCUGAGCAGCCUUUCCCGGCUAGAAUCCCACGCAGACGUCGCAAGGGCCGUGCGAUGCAAUACUCACUUGAACUGCCGGACAAAGAUGCGCCAAAGAGCAUCGAGGCUGACAACCAAGAAGAAACCAAGCCCUCAUCAUCUAUUCAAGUACCUUCGGAACCCCAAACUCCGACCACUCCGUUCCAACAGUCGGAUACCGACUCGACACAGCCAACGACGCCUUCUUCCACAGCGAAAUCUCAGGCUCCCUCCAAAACUUCAAAGCCUUAUACUGCUCCUGUUGUCCCGGUAGUACCUAAUGUGCCUGCCACUCCACGUCGUCACAAGAAAGACAACAGCAGUGUCACAUCUGGAACACCCAAGUCUACCACAGCUGCCAAUGUAGAGACGGAAGCUAACACGGCUUCUGUCGCGGAAACCAAGACAAGCUCUCCUGUUCCCGCCGCAAACAAGCGUUGGGCCGAUCUGGUUCGCUCCAAACCAUCUGCUAAGCCAUCGGGUACCACCGCCGCCCCUACCCCGGCCACAUCGAAUGGAGUACCUCAAAAAAGCGAAUCGCUUGCAGAUGUCCUGGUCACCCUGGGCGAGGACGUUAAUCAGUACAGCGACAAGAUUGCCUUCCUAGAGCCUCGAGGUCUUGUCAACACUGGAAACAUGUGCUACAUGAACUCCGUCUUGCAAAUUCUUGUUUCUUGUACGCCAUUCUACCAGUUCCUUGACCAUCUUGGCCGGAGAGCUGCGCAUAGUUUCCAUAGCGAUCUUCCUUUGAUCGACGCCAUGAUCAUGUUCAUGAAAGAGUUCCGCGUUAUCGACGCCGCAACUUCAGAAGAUCAGCUGCGCCUCAGAUUGAAGCCUACCGAGCUUGAGCAAUAUGGAGAAGCUUUCAUUCCAGAAUUUGUUUACGAGAUGGUCCGACAGCUACCGAGAUUUAGAGACAUGCGACGUGGGCACCAACAGGAUGCUCAAGAGUUCCUUGGGUUCCUUCUUGAGGAAAUGCAUGAGGAGUGUGCUCGUGCUUCUAAAUACACAUCGAUCAAUCUUCAGGAGUCCGAUGAAUCUGGCGCCGAUGGAUGGCUAGAGGUUGGUCAUAAGCAGAAGGCAGCUGUGACACAGCUAUCUGGCUCUAUUGCCACGGAGUCCCCUGUCACUAGAAUCUUCGGAGGCAAGCUUCGAUCAGAGUUCAAGGUGCCUGGAAACAAGACUUCUGUCACAUUGGAACCUUACCAACCCCUGCAACUGGAUAUCGGGGCGCAUGAUGUUCACAACAUCCUCGACGCUCUUAAGGGCCUGACCAAGCCAGAGAGUAUCCAGGGUGAUUUCAACUCAUCGCGUGGUCCCAACGUCACUGCCACGAAACAAAUUUUCAUCGAGACUUUGCCUCCUGUCCUUAUCCUUCAUCUUAAGCGAUUCCAAUAUGACAGUAUCACUGGAGCUACUCAGAAAAUUUGGAAGAAGGUUGGAUAUCCUCUCGACUUGGAGCUGCCACGGGAGGUUUUCCCUGCCCACCAGCGUAACGCCAUGGCAGCUCAGGGUGGUCCUCCGAAGUACCGUCUUAUGGGAGUCAUUUACCAUCACGGAAAGAACGCCAGCGGUGGUCAUUAUACGGUUGACGUUCGUCGUCAAGAAGGCUUGGAAUGGAUUCGCAUGGAUGACACUAUCAUCCGUCGCGUUCGCAGCGAAGACGUUGCAGAAGCUGGUGGCGAGGAAGACCCCAAGGUACUCGCUGCGGCUUUGGAACAGCACAAGCAGAACAAGACCCCCAACGGCAACAUCUUCGACCACAUUGACCAGGAUGACAUGGACUCGGCUGAUAAUGAUAAGGGCUGGAGUCAGGUCAACGGUAACGGUAUCAACGGACAUGCAAGCAAGAAGUCUGUCAAUGGAGUUACUCCAUCCCCCGGACAGUCAUCUGGCGUGCGGACUCCAAUUGGCCGCUUUGGCUCCCGCGACAAUAAGGUUGCCUACCUGCUGUUCUACCAACGCAUGGAUUGA